AUGUACCUCAAAGACAUUGAGACGAGAUUUAAUCAAGCGGACCGCAACAUUGAUGCUGACGAAGAGGAAACGUUAGAUGGGUACAGAAUUUUCAACCAGAAAGUUCAUCCCUUGGGCAUAGCUUCUAACGUGCAAUUAGAAGAUAAACUCUUUAGGGCAGCCAUCUGGUACGUGCUCAACAAUUGUGCGGAGAUUGGACCUUAUAUAGAGGAACACUACGAGAAAUGUAAGGUGCAACACCCAAAUUGCAUUAAUCGCACGCAUCAAACUGAGUUUCCAACUUGGUUCAAGCAACGUAUCCAGGAACAUCGUACCUCGCAUACACUUGAUGUGUCUGCUGAUUUGUAUGCGUUAGCUUGCGGGCCUGACCGUUGGGUUGCAACAUAUGCUGCUUGCAUAAUAAAUGGAAAAAGGUUUCAUACGAAGCAGCGUGAACUUGGCCGGCGUACACAAAAUUCUGGGGUGUUGGUAACAGGUGAUGAGGUCACAAAUAACGUGGACUUCUACGGUGUUAUUAAUAAUAUCGUAGAGUUACGCUACAUGGAGUGGCGUCGGGUGUACCUGUUUGAAUGUGAUUGGUUUGACGUUGGUGAUCGAAAACGAGGGGUGCGGGUGGAUGACCAUAUGAUUGGUGUCAACAUGAACAGGACUUGGUAUAAGGAUGAACCAUUCAUGUUGGCGAGUCAGGCUGAUCAAUGUUUCUACAUAAGAGAUUUAAGGGCGAAAGGGAGUUGGGGUGUUGUGCAGAACUAUGCAAAUAGGAAUGUAUACAACAUUCCACCACAGCCGAGGGUUCUCGAAAAUAUUGAUGGCGAAUCAAGUACUCAUGAUGCCGAUCAAGAAAAUGAGUCAUCAUAUUAUUAUGAACCAGUGCAGUGUGAUAAUACACUUCAAGUGGCAACUCCACUGAAUAGGCCUGAUAUACUACCUAGCCAUGUCUAUGCACGAGAAAUCAUGGAUCUGGAUGGUCAACGAAAGCAUGCAAUAGGCUUUAUUAAUGAUGACAUGAUCACUUCUGAUUCUGGAAAUGCGGCCAGUGAGGGGGAAUUUUCAGAUGAGGGCGACCUAUCAACAAAUGAGGGUGAACAUUCAGAUGAGGAGGACCUAUCAACAGAGGAUGAGUCAUCAUAUGAUUUAUAA